AUGGGUGUUACCGAGCAACUUAUAUCUGGACAAACGGGAGGUGGUUCAGGUAUAAAUAUUCUACAUAUUAAAAACUUGACAGAGUCAACAUUUGGAACGUACACGUGUGCGGCAACAGUCAGCGGAUAUACAGCAGAACAGUCUCAUUUUAUUGGAAUACUUGCAGCGAAGCCCACUGUGAACAUCAUUAAACCACCGGUAUCUUCAAGUUUUGCUAUGCAAUGUCAAGUAACUGGAUAUCCUGCUCCACAUAUACAAUGGGACUUUGUUCCGGAAGCGAAUAACAACCAUGGCCUACCGCACGAUGUACAAGUCCUGUAUGAGACUUAUCAGUCGACACUGUUUGUAGAUAAAUACGUCUUUGUCGAUCACACUGGUCGCUGGUAUUGUAAGGCAAGCAACACUGCAGGAACCGCUGUUAAAGAAGUACACAUUCCAUAGGUGUGUUAACGAAGUACACAUUCC